AUGCAGUUCCAGACGCAGGCUCAUGUGGGUGGCAGCAGGAAUAAACGCACCAAAGUUAGUCCAACACCACAAGACCCAGUCCUCUUGGCUCUGACGAGUACAGUUGGCAGCAGUCUCAGGGCCCAGCUUUCCAAAAAGGCUUUAAUUAAUUAUUAUUGCCAGGAAGGCUAUUUUCGUCAUGUUCAAACAGUUGCCAGUGAAGGCCUUAAGAUGUUCGGCAAUGACCCAGUGUUCCUUUUCUACCGUACUUAUGGCAUACUCAUGGAAGGGCACAUUCAACAGGCUCUUCUCGAUCUUGAAUCUAUGAAAAACAAGCAGGAUGUUUCCCUUUGCACACUGAUGGCACUGAUCUAUGCCCAUAAAAAGAGCCCAAAUCCAGAUCGUGAAAUCAUCGUGGAGCUAGAUGGAAAACUGAAGGAGCACCGCAAGACAGCAGGACAGCAGGCCUUGUAUUUUGCAGGCUUAUUCUUGUGGCACAUUGGCCGCCACGAGAAAGCCCGCGAAUAUGUUGACAGAAUGAUCAAGAUUUCUAAUGGCAGUAAAGAGGGAUUGAUUUUGAAAGGAUGGCUUGAUGUCACCUCUGGAAAAGAAGCAAGUAUUAAAAAAGCAGCAAAAUAUUUUGAUGAAGGGCUGCAAAGUGGGAAUGAUAUAUUUGGCCUGAUGGGUAAGGCACAAUAUUUUGAAGUGCGCCAGAAUUACUCAGGAGCUUUGGAGACUGUGAAUCAAAUAAUAGCCAAUUUCCCAGAUUUCCUUCCUGCUUUUGUAAAGAAAAUGAAGCUUCAGUUGGCUUUGCAAGACUGGGAACAGGCAACUGAGACUGCACACAGGCUGCUGCAGAAAGAUGCUCUGAACUUGGAAGCUAUAAAAAUGGAGGCUGUUCACCAUUUGUGUAGGGAAGGAAAUAUACCUGAGGCUUCAUCAAAGUUGGCAGAUCUGAUUAGUGCAUUGGAUAAGUUGGAACCACAGAAUCCUCAACUCUUCUGUAAAACAGCAUUGGUGUUUAGCAGAACAUGUGGCCGCAGUCCACCCGUCCUUCAGCAAACACAGACUUUGGUGGAAAGAGCAUUCAGCUUGGCCUCCCACGAUGCAAAUAUUGCUACUGAACUUGGGUACCAGAUGAUUUUGCAAGGGAAAAUGAAGGAGGCUGUAAAAUGGUACCAGACGGCCAUGGCUCUGGACGAGACGAGUGUUCCUGCGCUAACUGGAAUUAUCCGGAGCCAGCUAAUGGAAGGCAAGUUAGACGAUGUAGAGCAGCAAUUGGAGUUCCUGAAUGAAAUCCAACAGUCUAUUGGGAAAUCAGCGGAGCUCUCUUACUUGCGUGCAGUGUUAGCUAUGAAGAAACACAAAAGACAAGAAGAAGUUAUUACUUUACUGAACGAUGUACUUGAUACACAUUUUUCCUCUUUGCAAGGCUUACCUCUUGGUGUAGAAUAUUUUGAAAAAUUAAAUCCCGACUUUUUGAUAGAAAUUAUUAAGGAGUAUCUCAAUUUUUGCCCAGCGCAGCCUGCAGGUCCAGGACAGCCUCCUUCACCACUUCUCAAACCUUGCGCAUCAGUCCUUGAAACAGUGGUAAAAACUGUCCCUGGUCUCCUGCAAGCUGCCUUCUUAGUUGCAAAGGUGAAAUAUUUGGCAGGUAACUCUGAAGCAUCCCAAAGUAUCCUGCAGCGCUGUAUAGAAAAGAGCCCCUCGUUUGCAGAUGCUCAUCUCCUUAUGGCUCAAGUUUAUUUGUUGCAAAACAACUUCAAGCUCUGUUCUCAGUCUCUGGAACUCUGCCUAAGCUACAACUUUGAGGUUCGGGAACAUCCUGUAUACCACUUAAUAAAAGCUCAAGCCCAAAUAAAGAUGGGUGAAGUAGCAGAAGCCGUUAAAACCUUGCAGAUGGCAAUGAAUUUGCCAGGGAUGAGAAGAGCUGCGUCUUCCUCAAAAUCAAAAACAAAGAGGAUUGAAAUUGAUGGAAGUGAUCGUGUGUCUGUCUAUCUAGAAUUAGUAGAUGCUCACCGUUUGAACGGUGAACAGCAUGAAGCCAUAAAAGUCCUCCAAGAUGCUAUCAAUGAAUUUUCUGGCACCCCUGAAGAGUUCAGAGUCAUGAUUGCUAAUGCGGACCUAGCGCUUGUGCAAGGAGAUGUUGAAGAUGCUUUGACUAUGCUCAGAAAUAUAACACCAGAGCAGACUUACUAUGUUCAAGCCAAAGAAAAAAUGGCAGAGAUCUAUCUGGAGUACAGGAAAGAUAAAAAGCUAUAUGCAAGCUGUUACAGGGACCUGGUGGAGAAACUACCAAGUUCUCACACCUUUCUUCUCCUUGGUGAUACAUAUAUGAAUAUCCAGGAGCCGGAAGAAGCCAUAGAGGUUUAUGAACAGGCUUUGAAGAAGAACCCUAGAGAUGGAACACUGGCUCGUAAAAUUGGGAACGCUCUAGUCAAGACUCACAACUAUUCAAAGGCAAUCAAUUAUUAUGAAGCUGCUUUGAAAACUGGGCAGCAGAAUUUCCUCUGUUACGACCUGGCAGAGCUAUUGCUGAAACUGAACCAGUAUGACAGAGCAGAAAAAGUCCUUCGGCAAGUUUUAGAUCAUGAGCCCGUAAAUGAUUUGUCUUCUCUGAUGGAAGAUGCCCGUUACCAGGUUCUCCUUGCAAAGGUGUACAGCAAAAUGGAGAGGAUAGAAGAUGCUGUUGUUUCAUUACAGCAGGCUCGGGAACUGCAGGCCAAAGUGCUGAAACGUACUCAGAUAGAGCAGCUGGACACAGUUCCUGUGCAGAAGCAACUAGCAGCUGAGAUGUGUGCAGAGAUAGCAAAGCAUUCAGCAACCCAGCGGAACUAUGAGAAAGCAAUUAAAUUUUACAAAGAAGCUCUUGUUCAUUGUGAGACGGACAACAAGGUGAUGCUGGAACUUGCACGCUUGUAUCUUGCACAUGAUGAUGUAGACUCAUGCCAACGUCAGUGUGCUCUGUUGCUGAAGAAUGAUCCAGAUAAUGCAGCAGCCUCAAUGAUGAUGGCUGACCUUAUGUUCAGGAAACAGGACUAUGAACAAGCAGUCUUUCAUUUCCAGCAGCUGUUGGAUCGCAACCCUGAUAAUUAUGCGACACUGUCACGUUUAAUUGAUCUUUUAAGAAGAGCUGGAAAGCUAGAAGAAGUUCCAAGAUUCCUUGCGAUGGCUGAGAAACAUUCUCCCAGGACAAAACUUGAUCCAGGUUUUCACUAUUGCAAAGGAUUGUAUCUUUGGUACACUGGCGAACCCAAUGAUGCACUUCGGCAUUUUAACAAAGCGCGGAAGGACAAUGAUUGGGGACAGAAUGCUGUUUAUAAUAUGAUCGAAAUCUGCUUGAACCCUGACAAUGAAACAGUGGGCGGUGAAGUGUUUGAGCACCUGGACGUUGACACAAACAGUUCUACCGAGAAGCAAGAAUCUGUGCAGCUGGCUGUGAGAACAGCAGAAAAGCUCUUAAAGGAACUGAAGCCUCAGACAGCUCAAGGUCAAGUGCAGCUUCGCAUCAUGGAAAAUUACUGCCUUGUGGCAACCAAACAAAAAUCAAAUGUUGAGCGAGCACUAAACGCCUUUACAGAAGUUGUUGUUAAUGAGAAGGAUCACGUCCCAGCACUUUUGGGAAUGGCUACAGCAUACAUGAUCUUAAAACAAACCCCACGAGCCAGGAACCAAUUGAAGCGCAUUUCAAAAAUGAACUGGAAUCCCAUUGAUGCAGAAGAGUUUGAAAAAAGUUGGCUUCUGCUUGCUGAUAUUUACAUUCAGUCUUCAAAAUAUGACAUGGCUGGUGAAUUAUUAAAACGGUGCCUUCGUCAUAACAGGUCCUGUUGCAAAGCGUAUGAAUAUAUGGGAUAUAUAAUGGAGAAGGAACAAGCCUACAAGGAUGCAGCUGCCAACUACGAGAUGGCCUGGAAGUAUGGGAACCAAACAAAUCCAACAAUAGGUUUCAAGUUGGCGUUUAAUUAUUUGAAAGCCAAGCGACACAUUGACGCAAUCAAUGUUUGUCAUAAGGUUUUAGAAGCACAUCCAAAUUAUCCCAAGAUCAGAAAAGAAAUACUUGAUAAGGCACGCACGUCUUUAAGGACUUGAGUUUUAUUAUAUGUAUUUAACUUAAUGCAGUGGGGGUGGGGGGGAAGUACCAUAAAGACAUCUGUGUAGUUGGAGUUGCUGCACGCUUAAUUAGCUAACAAUGAAAAAAAGUGGAGAGAAGAGAGACUACAUUGAAUUUUAUCUCUCCUCUGGAAGAGGAUGCUUUAGUACGUUGGGUUCAGUAAAUACAAAAGAUAAUUGGUGUCUGUUCCUAUCCACCUGAAGGUAUUGGCUGUGAUCCAAAUAAAUCAGUUCAGCAUAACGAAACAACAGGCACAGCCGGAACUUUCUUUGAAGAUCUCUCUGCAGCAGAGAACUCCUCAGAGAUUCCAGCUGCACCCAUGGUUCCUGCACCCUCGUAGAGGUGAUUUAUUUGGAGUGAGGCCGUUAGUUUCAAACAGUGUACAAUCGGAAUGCUCAAAGGUGGGGGGGGGGGAAGUGGGGGAGAGGGGGGAGAAAUACUACAAUAAUGCUUUAUCUGUGUCUCUCAGUUGCAACUAUUUUAUUUUUGUUGUUUUUUCUUUUCUGGAGACCUUGAUCAAGCAAAAGAACCUAAUAAAUUCUACUUUACCAAUGACUAAGACAUUUCACUUCUGUAUAGUAUGCAGCCCAUUAUAUAAAUAAUGUAUCAGUGUUCCAGUGACUUCAUAAUGUUGCACUUAUAUUACAUCUCUGUCUUUCCUCUCCUUCCAAGAUGUUCUGAGUAGUAUUUUAGUCUUGCAACCAUUCUGCAGAGUGGGUGCAGAGAUGGUGCCCUUCUCCACAGCUACCUACUGAGCUCUAUAAUGGAACAGGAGAAUUUGAACUACAGUUUUUCACAUCCAAGCCUCUCACUUGAGUCACUUGGAUGAACACGGUUCAAAGAUAAUCCAGUUGUCCUUUGCACCUGGAGAUCCAUACUUACCGACAGCUUUUUAUUGGAAGAUCUAAUAAAAGGCCAAC